GAUCCGAAUGGACCUUGGCUCUCGGGUGCCGCAUUCCAACCCUGCAGCCAUACCUGUCAGAAAGAGGGCUUCGCGAAUUGUGGCAAGGAAGAGAUGGCAGCAAUAAACUCCUCAGCCGCGCUCUUCACGUUGACGUCCCAUCUCAACCUGACAUGCAAUCCACCGACAGGGCCUCCCUUCCGGGAUGGCGGAGGGACUCCGUUCACCACAACGAGUGGGAGUUGCUAUUACUGGGACCCGAGCAAGCCUGCGGACGAGGUGGAUUGCGACACCGUUUUGAAUUCAGGUCGACAGCCCAUGUGCUACUGCGUCCCU